UUCCGAAAAAGUCACGUCCAUGAGCCUCCACCUGGCAACAAAGAUAUGUACCCCUCCAUCAUUCGACACAUAGUCAGCUCCCUGUCGAGUGCUAUUACAGACAGACCAUGUCUGACCUCAAUCCGAAUCUACCAAAGUAUCAUCCAGAUCAACCCGAACAGUCUAUCCCACCGCUUCCAGGUAGCAUCCCCGAUCCACCUGAUGAGCACCCGACUGAAGAUCAAGUGAUCCCGAAAACAAGCGAGAAUCUACCCCCUGUUGUUCUAGGAUGUGCGACAUUUGGCUACGGCAUAUAUGCAGACACGGAGAACUUUCUGUCAGACAUGUCAUGCCGGACCGUUCGGUAUGCACUUCGAUCCGGCAUCAAUGCAUUCGACACGUCGCCGUGGUAUAAUCCCUCCGAACAGGUCUUGGGUCAAGCUCUAGCUAAACUGGCUUCCGAGUUCCCUCGUUCAAGCUACAAGAUUCUGACGAAAGUGGGCAAAUAUGGCCCGAGCCCGCCAGAACACAUGUACGAUGAAAAGACUGUCCGCAAAUCAGUCGAAAAUAGCCUAAGGAGACUCAAGACGGACUACUUAGACGUCGUCUACCUUCACGAUGUCGAGUUUGUGACUCCAUACAAAGUUCCAGCUGGACAUCACCUGGAAUCGCCUCCGACAGAUCUUCUGACCCCUCCUAUCAAAUCUCUCGGCCCAGGAGAAGAUAAUGUAUUAGAGGGUCUCAGAACACUACGAGCCCUUCAAGCCGAAGGCACAAUCCGAGCCAUUGGAAUUGCCGGAUACACUCUUCCCGUUCUUCUUCGUAUAGCUCUACUAGCAGCUAGCACGGACAUUGGACCCCUGGAUAUCCUUCAGACAUACUCUCAUGAGACACUCCAGUGCUCGACACUAAGCCAGGGCUACUUGGCCAAGUUUGAAGAAGCGGGCGUCAAACAAGUGAUGAACGCUGCUCCUCUAGCUAUGGGCGUCCUCACGUCGGCCGGCGCUGCCGACUGGCAUCCAUUACGGAUGGCAGGAGACAAGAGCGGGGCUUAUGAUGCCUCGCGAGAGGCUGUUAAAUGGUGCAAGGAAAAUGAGACGACAUUGGAAGAGGUUGCGGUGCAAUCUGGAUUUAAGGAGCUGAGAUCACCGAACGGAGUCAGAGUGCCCACAGUCAUUGGGUGCAAGAACGUGGACGAAGUCAGGCGGACAGUCACUGGCUGGCGCAAAGCAAACCUGGAACCGGAAGCACCGAAAAUGGCAGAAGCCAUCGCAGCGGUCAAAAAGAUCUUUGAGGAUGUGGGUGCACAGGGAUACAGCUAUUUGAGUCCGCCAGAUGCGUGAUGCAGA